AUGUCUUUCCACGAUACCCUCCUCCCUCCCAUCCACCUCCAAAACUCAACCUCCUCCGCGGGGCCGCUCUCCCUCAUGCUCGCCAUGAUUCUCCUUCCACCCGCCAUCUACUUCGUCUACCGCGACUACUGUGCCUUCCUUUCUCUCGGCGCGGGCGGCACACCACAAACCUUCCUGGGCGGCUACCUCCGCAUCAAGCUGCUCUCGCUCUUCGCCCUACCCUCCCCACGCUCCCCAGCCCCGAUCCCCGCCGACCUGCGUCAGAACGGCUACCUCACGCAGCUGCCUCUGCGCCAAGGCGCCCGGCCGGACGUCGUGGGCAUCGCGCCGCACCGGCAGACGACGCAGAAGUCGCCGGCGCACACGGCGGCCUACGCCGCGCUGGCAGCGCGCCUGCGCGGCCUGGCGCGCGACCCGGCCAACGCGCUGGUCGAGGGCACGUCGUGCUUCGAGAAGCACGGCACGGGGCUGUUCAGCCGGACGCCGCUGACGCGGACCUGCCGCGGAGAGGUCUGCCACGUGCACGGCAGCGACGGCAGCCUGCACAUGACCCUCUACCCGGCCGACGCGAAGCUGGUCAUCGAGCGCGGCUGGGGCGAGCGCCACCCCAUCGCCCGCGGCGGCUUCUUCUCGCGCUUCGUGCCCCGCCACUUCGUCAUGGUGUACGCGCCGCGCGACGAGGCCGAGGUCGACAUUGUCGUGCGCAUCGUCGGCGCUGCCGUGUGGUGGGUCAGCGGUGUGUGCGUGGGCAAAGAGGAUAGCGGUGUGCGGGACGAUCGAUCGAGGUCGGAGAGCGAUGCCAUGGUCGUCGAGAACAUUAGGGAGACGGGCGGGGAGACUGAUUGGAAGGGCGGUAAGCCUGCGCCGGAAACGUUCUGCUUGGGCUGUCGGCAAAAGCAAUAUGUGGGAGUACAGGCGUGCUCGUAA